AUGGCCAUCGAAGCAGAUAUAUUCAAGUCUGGUGGUGACAUCAACACUUUCCCCAGGCAGAGAUUCUACCAGAGGACUACGAGACAGAUAAUCAAUGACUUCAAUGACGCCAACAACAAGCCCUACAGCAUCAGGUCCUAUCGACAGCUCAUCACAAACUCGAUCAAGAUGGGGCUUCAUCUACACAACGCUAAAGACUCCAGUGGUUCCAGCAGUCUCACACUUGAGGGCCUUCGGUUGGCUCAGCUAAACCUCUUUGAAAAGUUCAGCUUGUCAAGACAAAACAAUGAUGCUCAGUUGGUUUCAAAGUUGAAUGGAAAGCGAAAAAAGACUGUGGAGACCUCAAGCAAUCUUCUAUUCAAAAAACUAAAAGGCGAUUCCUUGGAUGAAAUUCAGAACCAAGACGACCUUGAGAGAAUUCAUAAAUUUGAAAAUUCAAUUGAGAAUUCAUUAGAAAAUCUAGCUGAUGAUGAUAAUCUAAUUGGAAAUGAAAAUCUAAUUGGAAAUGCAAAUCUAAUUGGAAAUGCAAAUCUAAUUGAAAAUGAAAAUCUACUUGAAGAUGAAAUUCAAAAUAAAUCUAAUAAACCCAAUAAAGUUGAUCAUUUACUCAAUUGUCAAAAUACUUCUUGCAAUCAGUUAUUAUUUGAUAGAAUGAAUGAUGUCGAAAAUAAAUUGCAAUUGAUAUAUAUCGAACAAAGAAACUUGAACAAUAAAAUGGACAAGAUUUUAGAUAUUUUAUUAAAUCAAAAUGAUUCAAAAACUAUUUAA